ACUGGGACUCGGCAGCAUUUUGCACUUUGGGCAUAUCUAUGUUCAGAAAUUUCUUGCCGCGCGUUUUGACCUGCAACCUUUUACCUAAACGUCUUGGGAACAUAAGACAUGGCUUGAAUCUAACUGACAAUCUGUGCGUCUCCAGCCCCGUUUGUCAGUUUGCUACGAUGUCGGGUCCACUGGACAAAAGUUCCACUUCCAAAGCGAAAGAGAAGAGUCCGUCGGCAAAACCAACAGAAAAUGAAAAUAAGUGGUCGUCGUGUCCGAAAGUUGGGGGAGAUGGGCAACAGACAAGACGGGUAACCCGAGAAGCGGUGGCUAAAACAGAUAGAGAAAAAUAUCUGAAAAUGAGCAAAGAGGAGAAAAGAAAGUUGUACAAGUGUGGCUCAAAAUAUACAAGUCAUGAAGAUAUACCUACUUGGCCUGAAUACUUCAUGGCAAACCAGGAAAAACAUCGCAUCUCUGUGAGAAAACAUAAUAGUUCAAUAAAAGUGAACCCCAAGCUCAACAGUAAGGUGUCUUUGUGGCAGGGAGACAUCACCAGGUUGGAGAUUGAUGCUAUAGUCAAUGCGGCAAACAACAGCUUAUUGGGAGGAGGGGGAGUUGAUGGAGCGAUUCAUUCAGCAGCUGGUGGCAAAUUAAGGCAAGAGUGCGCUACCCUGGGAGGAUGUGACACAGGAGAUGCCAAGAUGUCGGCUGGAUACAACCUUCCUGCAAAAUAUGUGAUACAUACUGUAGGACCUAUAGGAGAAAAUAAGAACCUAUUAUGCAGUGCCUACAAAACCUGCCUGAAGAUUGUCAAAGAAAACCAGCUGAGAUCUGUGGCAUUUCCUUGCAUAUCUACAGGGAUUUACGGCUACCCUAAUGACUCAGCAGCUUCAUUAGCUAUAAAAACAAUGAGGCAAUUCCUGGAGGAGGAUGGAGUGGCAGAUAUGAUUGAUCGGAUCAUCUUCUGUUUAUUCCUGCCAGUGGAUGUGAAACUCUAUGAAGAGUACAUGCCAGUGUUCUUUCCCCUGGGAGAAAAUGAAUUGAGUGCCGGGUGCAAAGAUGAAAAGAGUGCUAGUACAGGGAAAUCAGGCAAACAACAAAAGUCAGAGUUGAAGAAGAAAACAGAGGAUCCUGGAGAAAAGGGAAAUAAUGCUGUAGCAGAGAACAGAACAGACCCAAAUAUUGACCCAAGAUCUCAUCCAGAGGGACAGAGCUCUUUAUCAGACUUGCAUUCUAGCAGCAAAGAUGAAAACUGUGCUAGUAAGUCUCCUGAACAGACGAUGUCUGAGCAUGAGGAUAAAACAGAUGUUCCAGGAGAAGAAAAUGGUGCUGCUAUGGCAGAGAACAGCACAGACUCAAAUAUUGACAAAAGAUCUCAUCCAAAGGGACAGAACUCUUCACCAGGCAAGUCUCCUGAAGUGAAAAGGAAAAGCCCAGGUCAUGACCUUGAAGAAACAGUGGCAGGUCCAGAGGAAAUGGAAGCUGAAGAUAAAGUGUGUGAGGCAGUAAAGAACUGAAAUCUGAACACAGAGUAUUUAUAACCAUAAUAACGAUAAUAACAAAAGUCAGUAUCAAAGCUACUGUGUAUGUUGCAUUCUUACUUUGCCAACAAGGAAUCUCGGUCCGCCCUGUUGCACUUGAAUUGACCAUUGGCUACUGCUAUACUAAAUCAGCCAGAAUAAUUGAUAUUUGUUGAUGUCACCAUUUGGUCCAUCAAGUUAGCCAUGUUUCUGGGGCUUGGUUAUCAUUGUUGUGGUGACCAGUCAAUUCUAAGGUUAGUGUGAAAACCCUACCCAUCAGCUGAUACAGCUUUUCUUCUGUGCUUGGUAGGCCACUUAAGCUAUUCACUGUGGAGUCUUUGUGGACAGAUUUUCAUUAAAGUUAGCAUAAGGUCAGCCACUAAAGCUGAAUUAAUUUAUAAAGUAGUAUUCCGAAAUGUUCUAAAAAUAUUUCAAAAUAAAUAGCAAGCAGUUGUCAGUACCUAGCCACUCAUUUCGUGACGCCAUGUUGCCAGACUAUAGCUACCAAGAGUGACGUCACAAAACCUAGGAGCUCUCCUGUACCAUCGGUAUUAAACAAUCUGACAAUGAGAAAAUACACAAAAAAAAAACCUGAUACCUAACCAUAGAGUCUCGGGUCUGUUCCUUGUUCAAAGGGCUGAUAUUUCUUUUAGUUUGGCGCUUGGUCAGGGCGACGUUCGUUGGCAAAAGCGU